GCAGUAGAUUGGAUGACGGUUCCGAUGUCGAAUCUGAGCCGGACCUUCCCCUGAAGCGCAAACAACGCCGAAGUCGGACCACUUUCACGGCCGAGCAGCUGGAAGAGCUGGAAAAGGCCUUUGAAAGGACCCACUACCCAGAUAUUUACACCCGGGAAGAGCUGGCCCAGCGGACGAAGCUGACAGAGGCCCGUGUCCAGGUCUGGUUCAGCAACCGGAGAGCCCGUUGGCGCAAGCAGGCUGGGGCCAACCAGCUGGCUGCUUUCAACCACCUUCUGCCCGGUGGCUUCCCCCCGACCGGCAUGCCAGCCUUGCCACCCUACCAGCUGCCCGAUUCAACGUACCCGACCACCACGCUCUCCCAAGACGGGGGCAGCACCGUGCACCGGCCCCAGCCUCUCCCACCCUCCACCAUGCACCAGGGGGGGUUGUCGGCAGCCACCCCCGACUCCAGCUCUGCCUACGGAGCCCGGCACAGUUUCUCCAGCUACUCGGACAGCUUCAUGAACCCCUCAGCUCCAGCCAACCACAUGAAUCCCGUCAGUAACGGCCUGUCUCCACAGGUGAUGAGCAUCCUGAGCAACCCCAGCGGAGUGGCCCCCCAGUCCCAGGCCGACUUCUCCCUCUCCCCCCUGCACGGCAGCCUGGAGAGCGCCAACGCCAUCUCGGCCAGCUGCAGCCAGCGCAGCGACUCCAUCAAGUCCGUGGACAGCCUGCCCACCUCCCAGGCCUACUGCCCCCCCACCUACACCACCACAGGCUACAGCGUGGAUCCCGUGGCCGGCUACCAGUACGGUCAGUACGGCCAGACUGCCGUGGACUACCUGACCAAGAACGUCAGCUUGUCCACACAGCGCCGGAUGAAACUCGGGGAACAUUCAGCCGUGCUGGGGCUCCUACCGGUCGAAACAGGCCAGGCCUACUGA